UACUCAUAACCCAUUUCUAAUGUCAAAUUGACAAGUUCUUUCAGUCACGUUUGACAGCCGGCAGUAUAAUUCUUCAACAUGCCCCGUGAAAUUAAAGACAUUAAGGACUUCCUGUUAAAAGCCCGCAGGAAAGACGCUAAAUCGGUUAAAAUAAAGAAGAACCCUGAGAAUGUCAAAUUCAAGGUCCGCUGCUCCCGCUUCUUAUACACACUUGUGAUCACAGAUAAGGAAAAGGCAGAGAAACUGAAGCAGAGCUUACCUCCAGGUCUCCAAGUGAAAGAGGUUAAGUGAUGUGACUUAGUAUAAAAUAUAAAACCAAAAAAAUCA